AUGAUGUUGGUUACUACCAUACUUCUAUUUAUUAGUCUUAUUAUAUCACUGAUAAUACCAGAAACAUCAUUUUCAAUAUCAAAACAAGAACAAAAACAUGUUGAAGGAGAUCCAAAAGUAACUCAUAAAAUAAUAUUUUCAAUAUCACAAGGUAAUGAAAAUGAUCAAACAACUACAAAAUUUUUAGGUAAAUUAACAUUAGGAUUAUUUGGAGAAAUUGUACCAAUAACAGUUGAAAAUUUUUAUCAAUUAUCAACAAUGACUCAAGGUUUUGGUUAUAAGAAUAGUAAAUUUCAUAGAAUAAUAAAUAAUUUUAUGAUUCAAGGUGGUGAUAUUAUCAAACAAGAUGGUACAGGUUCACAACUGAUUUAUGGUGAAAAAUUUAAUGAUGAAAAUUUCUUAAUAAAACAUGAUAAAUUAGGUAGAUUGUCAAUGGCAAAUUCUGGACCAAAUACAAAUGGUUGUCAAUUUUUUAUAACAAAUAUUGAAAAAAUUCCACAUUUAGAUGGUAUUCAUGUUGUAUUUGGUCAAUUAAUUGAUGGAUUUGAUACAUUAAAUAAAAUAAGUAAUGUUGAAGUUGAUUCUGAAAUGAAUAAACCAAUGGAAUCUAUAUUUAUAAGUGAUAUACAAACUUCAAUAUUUGAUAAAGAUUUACAAGAAGCAAAAGAAAAAUCAAAUCAAUUAAAAUCUGGAGCAAGUGGUGAAGAACCACAAGAUGAUUUAAAAAUUGAUGAAGAAAUUAAAAAAUCAAGUUCUUUAUAUCCUUUGUUUUUUAUUAUAUUGUUAAUGUUAGCAUUAGGUGGGAUUUAUUUCAAAAAAGUUUAUAAAAGAGAGACAAUUACUGAUAUAAGAAGUAAUAGGAAAUUUUAA